AGGUCAGCCGGCCCCCAUUAGUGCCGGGCCCCACCAAGGCAGAGCCAAAUAAGCUUCCCCCCAGUUAGCACCUCAGUCGCUUUUUUAUGUUCCAGUCCAGCCGCACAAUCGUUGUCACUUUCAACUCACAUGAAAAGAAAUCUCUUUUAUGGGUCUGAGACGCCAAGUCCAGUCCCGUAGAGGGCCAGGCUGCCAGCGCACGCGUCCAGCUCCUGAUUUCAUUUUAUCUUUACACACAGGCCAGAGGGCUGUUUUGCAGGAGUGGGGAGCACAUCACACAUGAAGGGCCCUUUAAAGACCAGGACUGGUUGGAAGGACAGAAAUUAAAGGCGCUCUGAUCCGGCCCCAUGCCAGCUCCCCGCGGAUCGCCUCCCUAUCCCAUUUCCAUCCACUGUCACAAUCGGAGAGUCUGCCCGAGUUGAUCAGGUUCCCCUGCGGGAGAGGUGGAAUGCCAAGGUCAGGAGGACUCCGAGUUAUGGGCAACUGUUUGAUGUGCCCAUCAGCAGUCUGAGAAACGCUGGCUCUGAGGUUUCCUCCCGGCCUUUUGGAGAAAGCAAGUUCCUCGCUGCUGCCGGGCAGCGCCGUGCCCCGGGACCUCCGCCUCCACCGCCUGGCAGAUGCGGCCUUUCCAUGCUGAGGCCUCGAGUCCCGCCUGACCCAGCCGCCGCCUCUCCAGGGCCCCUCUGGGCCGCACCCCCCGGACUGCGCCGCCAUGCUGGGCCUGCUGGCUCUCCUCCUGCACUGCCUCCCGCUGGCCUCCGGGGACUAUGACAUCUGCAAGUCCUGGGUGACCUCGGACGAGGGCCCCACCUGGGAGUUCUACGCCUGCCAGCCCAAGGUGAUGCGCCUGAAGGACUAUGUCAAGGUGAAGGUGGAGCCCAAGGGCAUCACGUGCGGAGACCCCCCUGAGAGGUUCUGCUCCCACGAGAACCCCUACCUGUGCAGCAACGAGUGCGACGCCUCCAACCCCGACCUGGCCCACCCGCCGCGGCUCAUGCUCGACCGGGAGGACGAGGGGCUGGCCACGUACUGGCAGAGCGUCACCUGGAGCCGCUACCCGAGCCCGCUGGAGGCCAACAUCACGCUGUCGUGGAACAAGAGCGUGGAGCUGACGGACGACGUGGUGGUGACCUUCGAGUACGGCCGGCCCACCGUCAUGGUCCUGGAGAAGUCCCUGGACAACGGGCGGACGUGGCAGCCCUGGCAGUUCUACGCGGAGGACUGCGCCGAGGCCUUCGGCAUGCCCGCCCGCCGGGCCCGCGACCUGGCGGCCUCGGGCGCCCACCGCGUGCUGUGCACCGAGGAGUACUCGCGCUGGGCCGGCUCCAAGAAGGAGAAGCACGUGCGCUUCGAGGUGCGGGACCGCUUCGCCAUCUUCGCCGGCCACGACCUGCGCAACAUGGACAACCUGUACGCGCGGCUGGAGAGCGCCAAGGGCCUCAAGGACUUCUUCACCCUCACCGACCUGCGGCUGCGGCUGCUGCGGCCCGCGCUGGGCGGCACCUACGUGCAGCGGGAGAACCUCUACAAGUACUUCUACGCCAUCUCCAACGUCGAGGUCAUCGGCAGGUGCAAGUGUAACCUGCACGCCAACCUGUGCUCGGUGCGCGAGGGCAGCCUGCAGUGCGAGUGCGAGCACAACACCACGGGCCCCGACUGCGGCAAGUGCCGCAAGAACUUCCGCACGCGGUCCUGGCGGGCCGGCUCCUACCUGCCGCUGCCGCACGGCUCCCCCAACGCGUGUGCCGCUGCGGGCUCCGCUGUUGGCAAGUGGAACAGGCCACCGACAGCAGCCCCCCCAGGGGCGAGCCCCCCCCGGCCCCAGGUGUCCUCCCCAGCAGAAGACUGCGAGUGCUACGGCCACUCCAACCGCUGCAGCUACAUCGACUUCCUCAACGUGGUCACCUGCGUCAGCUGCAAGCACAACACGCGGGGCCAGCACUGCCAGCACUGCCGCCUGGGCUUCUACCGCAACGGCUCCGCCGAGCUGGACGACGAGAACGUGUGCAUCGAGUGUAACUGCAACCAAAUCGGCUCCGUGCACGACCGGUGCAACGAGACCGGCUUCUGCGAGUGUCGCGAGGGCGCGGCGGGGCCCAAGUGCGACGACUGCCUCCCCACGCACUACUGGCGCCAGGGCUGCUACCCCAACGUGUGCGACGACGACCAGCUGUUCUGCCAGAACGGCGGCACCUGCGUGCAGAACCAGCGCUGCGCCUGCCCGCGCGGCUACACCGGCCCGCGCUGCGAGCAGCCCCGCUGCGACCCCGCCGACGACGGCGGCCUGGACUGCGACCGCGCGCCCGGGGCUGCGCCGCGCCCCGCCACCCUGCUCGGCUGCCUGCUGCUGCUGGGGCUGGCCGCCCACCUGGGCUGCUGAGCCCGCGAGGACCCGGCGGCGAGGGGGUCCGCCUGCCGUGCACCCUGCGCCCAGGGGCCGGGCCGGGCGGCGAGAAGGGUGCGGCCCCAGCUGCUCCCAGGUGCUACUCAGCAGAGCCCUCCGCCCACCUCCUGACCUCCUCCGUGGCACCUGCCCCCGCCCCGGCGCUGCAGCAGGGGGCGCUGUGGGACACCGGCCCCAGUGGCCUCCGAUUUUGGUCUUAGUUUUUCUAUUUCCGGCCGCCCCUUUCCUUUUUUUAAUUUUUUUGCUGGCGAUGAGACGGGGCGGGAGAAGCGCUGCUCACCGAGCACCCCCAGGUAAACACACACACUCUCGACUGUUGCAGACACCCCUGCACCUGUCCCUGGCUGACCACCAGCCACGGACCCUGAACUCCAGUUGCCUACAAUUCCAGUCGCUGACUUGAUUCUCUUUUAUAUUCUUUCUUGGUUUUCCUUUGCAACCCGCCAGACCCCAGGCUCGGGAGAGGCCUGGUGACGGAGGAACACCAUCUGGGGAGGGAGUCAGGAGGAGGGUUGGGAGGGCUGGAAACUUUGUUUUGUAGAGAACUAUUUUUGUUUGUAAUAACCGUCCCCUAUGAGAAGGGACAGGAGCGACGCUGGUCACCACGGGGUGGUCAUCCUAUAUAAUA